GAUAAUUCAGUACUUGAAGAUCGACACAAGAGUCUAAAAAUCUUUCUUGAGGAGUCGACAUCGGCAAGAGUUCAACUCACCACGAAGCGAGUAAGCCAGGAAUCAAUCAAAUAUCAUGCAUAGCCAUAUCGCUGCUGUCAAUUUUUGUCGCGAACAAGCAUCAAAGCAUACGCAAGGUACCACGGAAGAAACACACAGUAUGUUAGCAGAAACAGGACAAGAUGCGUCUUACAAACAAACGGAUAAUCAGAAUGAGCCAGAAUAUAAAACACAACACAUUGGAUGCCGCAUUGAUGGCCUAGAAGAUCUUUUGCAACACACAAAGUUCACUAGAGCUGAAUUACAACGCAUGUAUAGAGGAUUUAAAAAUGAAUGCACUAAUGGCUUAGUAGAUCGGGAAACAUUUAAAAGAAUUUAUGCACAGUUUUUUCCAUAUGGUGACUCAAGUCAGUAUGCAAAUAUACUGUUCAACGUGUUUGACCAAAACAAAAAUGGAAAAAUUUCCUUCGAGGAUUUCGUGCUUGGAUUAUCAAUAUCUUUGCAUGGAACGUUAGACGAAAAAAUGAAGUGGGCAUUUAACCUUUAUGACUUGGAUGGUGAUGGCGUAAUAACCAGAGAGGAACUUGCUACUGUGGUUCAUUCUGUGCAUUGCAUGAUGGGAGAAGCACUGCAACCUACUGAGGAGUGCAGUGUUCAGGAACAAGUAGAGCGACUUUUCACGCUUAUGGAUACAAAUGAAGAUGGUGUCAUAACAGAAGACGAAUUUAUUGAAGGCUGCAAAAAGGACGACUCAAUCAAGCAAAGCCUUGCUGUUUUUUCGUCAGACCGAUAGGCUUUAUCCUCGGAAUGACGUCAUUAAUUAUGCAAAUGUUAUCGAUUAAUGAUACGAUUAAUUGCUAAGUAAUCCGCGUCGAUAUGAUCUUCGUGGUACCGGAAGUCAAAAGACAUUCCACCUACCGCAUAUUUAUAUAUUUAUCUAUAUUUAAUAUAAUGAGCAAGUGUGAGAAGAUCCUUGAACUGAAGCCUGCGACACAGCUGGGGUCGUAGAUCGAACCGAAGAAAAGAUGGGAAGGAGCUGACGUCAAGAAAGAACAUUCGAUCUUCUGGAUUCCUGUCCCCGGCCACCCCCACCCCCACCCCCACUCCCCACGAUUUUUCUUCGCCCUCAAGAGAGACAACCAGGCGUCUGACUCGAAAACGGGAGUUACCUUUGUUUCAAAUAUAUCUAGACUAGUUUAUAAUAUAUAGAAAGUGAGUGGUCAGUGUACUGAACUUGAACAAGCUGGCCCUACAUUAUAAUAUAUGCCCUCAAUUUAAAUAAAGUUAUUAUUAUCAUAAGAUUUUAUUACACCUUCGUAGACGUUUUGUAGUGCAUCAGUGCUUCGUCAACAGUAGUUCAUUUCUUUUUUCAAUUCAGUAAGGUUUAUGAGAAUCGUAGGAAGGGUUUAAAUAGAUUGGCAAAUUUUCUUCUGUUCACGCCCUUUGACACUCCUUAUGAGUGUAAGUCAUUAAAUAAAAUCAGUUGAUAGUUAUUUAAUGAAUUAUUAACAAACUCCAAGUUAGCUGCUGCGUUUGUGAAUAAUAAUAGGUAACCAUGAAGCUAUCUUGUUUGCCAGUAUGUUAUGAUUUGAUAUUCGAUAAUAAGUCUUAUGAGGGCCAAAAUAGCCGCUUUCACAUUUAUCCAUUUCUUCCUCCGCCCUAAUUUUGUUGGAUUUAAUUUAAUUUAAUGUUUUCCCUAAUUUUGCUAGAGGUCCAUAGUUCGAUCCUCAGGAACAUCACGUCUGUUUCGACUUCUCUCUGUUCUGUGUAGCUUUAAUUAGCUUUAAAUACCCGUAAAAAGGAGCACUGAUAGUAUGAAGCGGGGUAGAGGACAUUAAACAUGAGUCCCUGGCUAGUGAGAUUUGAUCAACCACUCCCCGCGUUAUUGAAGUAAAACAAAUCACCUUUACCUUUUUUUACCUUUUUUUCAUCCUUUUUCCCCUCUCCCUCUCUAAAUACUUGAUGUACUACAACCGGUUUUUUCAGUUAUGAGCAUCGAAUAGCACGUAUAAUUUUACACGGUAUGUUUGCUGGCUGUUGUCCAGCUUUCGCGCUAUGCAUGUACUCGAAAAACCGCAGGAAAUUAUGUUUUGAGACGACGUUUUGAAAUAUGACGCUACAAAAUCUCUACGUCAUACACGACGUAGCGGCGCACUUCCCUGCAGUUGAAGCUGAUAGCCCUUAAGGAGUUAAGGAGUGAUUUUUAAAAUUGACCAGAMGUGAUUCGGAUGCUUCUUAUGGCUUUCGCAGGGGCGAAGUCACGCCCUAAUCCAUUCAGACUUCGUCCAAGUGUAUGGCUGAAGGAAAUACUUGCAAUAGGAUGAAAAAGUUACCCAAAAUAUUGUUAUCCAUCUGUCUGUCUUGUUCACCUUUGCUCGUUUGAGAAUAAAUACAAGAUUUUUAA